AUGCACAAAACUGCACCUGACACGACUUGGGCACUUCUUCAUGUGUUGGUGUCGAUCAAGCUCAAGCCACAGAGCAUGAUGCACACCAUCUAUGCUCAGGUCAACAAUGUCUCUGUGCUGCUCUCAUUCUAUCGAGCAAAGUGGACCGAUGGGGAGCUAAGCCACCUCUCUGACGAGGAGGUGUGCCCGCCUUCAGAUGCAUGCUCUGUGAUUCACCUCCCAUUCCCAAGCUCGCCACCGAGCACAGCGACAAUGAUGAAUGUGCUUGCACCAUUUAUCACAUUCCUGGAGGGCUUGUUGCAGCUGCCUGUGCCUCUCAUGCUCAUUGCUGUGAGGGCGCAGCUUGCACCACUGCCUCAUGUAUAUGCUGAGCACCAUGCAUCUGGUCCUGUUUCAUCAUCUUCCAGUGCCACCAGCCAGACUUCAACCUCUAUGUACAAGGAGCUCAUCCUGCUUCUCAUGCAUCCAUGCAAGAUCCUUAUCGCUUUUGAUGGUGCUAUGCCAGAUCUCAUCACCCGAGGCUCAUGGAAUGCAUACAUGCUGCAUGUGCUCAGCAUCGAGCACAUCAUCUCUGUGGUUCGUCCAAGCAACAGCCUGCACGGGCAUGCCUCACCCAUAAUUGAGAAGCGUAAGGGCUGGAUCAAGGUGCUGGAAGUACAGGCUGCGGGUGAUGGGAUUGCAAGCGAGCCAUGGGCCCUGAUAUAUACACAUUGGACAUUUCAAAAAUGA